AGCAUUUGUUCCACUGUGGCAACUGCGGCCAGACCGAACACCGGAAAGCGUGUGAGAGAGGGAGUCAAAUAGAAAGAUAGGGAGACAGAGGAAGUUACCCAGCCCAGAAAAAAAUAUUAAAUUAUCAGUCUAAAUAAACAAGGAUAUUGGAAGACAAAAACUAAUUGAAUUUGGGAGAAUACAAAGACUUAAGACGCAACGAUGACCGAAAUAGAGACGACAGUGCAUUAUAAUAACGGAUUCGGGGAUGAGGAGGACUACAUGAUACAGGAGGAUGAGUGGGACAGGGACAUGUUGCUGGACCCUGCCUGGGAAAAACAGCAAAGAAAGACCUUCACAGCCUGGUGUAACUCCCACCUGAGGAAAGCAGGAACACAGAUUGAGAACAUUGAGGACGACUUUAGGAAUGGCCUCAAACUCAUGCUUCUCUUGGAAGUUAUUUCAGGUGAGAGGUUACCCAAGCCUGACAGAGGGAAGAUGCGUUUUCACAAGAUUGCCAACGUCAACAAAGCCUUAGAUUUCAUCACCAGCAAAGGAGUGAAACUUGUCUCGAUUGGAGCUGAAGAAAUUGUGGAUGGUAACAUUAAGAUGACACUUGGAAUGAUAUGGACCAUCAUCCUCCGCUUUGCCAUCCAGGACAUCUCUGUAGAAGAAACCUCUGCAAAGGAAGGCCUUCUCUUGUGGUGCCAGAGAAAGACUGCCCCCUACAGGAAUGUCAAUGUCCAGAACUUCCAUGUUAGCUGGAAGGACGGACUGGCCUUCUGUGCCCUGAUUCACAGACACAGGCCUGACCUCAUCGACUACGCUAAGCUCAACAAGGAUGAUCCCAUGGGGAACCUGAACCUGGCGUUUGAAAUAGCAGAGAAGCACCUGGAUAUUCCCAAGAUGCUGGACGCAGAAGACAUCAUCAACACCCCCAAGCCUGAUGAGAGAGCUAUCAUGACCUAUGUGUCCUGCUUCUAUCAUGCAUUUGCUGGAGCCGAGCAGGCUGAAACGGCAGCCAACAGGAUCUGUAAAGUUCUGGGUGUGAACCAGGAGAAUGAGAAACUGAUGGAGGAAUACGAGAGGUUGGCCAGCGAGCUACUGGAGUGGAUCCGCCGGACCACCCCAUGGUUGGAGAACAGGACUGCAGAGAAGAACAUGGUUGAGAUGCAGAGAAAGCUGGAAGAUUUCAGAGACUACCGCCGCAUGCACAAGCCCCCCAAGGUGCAGGAGAAGUGCCAGCUGGAGAUCAGCUUCAACACCCUGCAGACCAAGCUGCGCAUCAGCAACCGUCCCGCUUUCAUGCCCUCGGAGGGAAAGAUGGUGUCUGACAUAGCCAGUGCAUGGCAGGGGCUGGAGGGGGCAGAGAAAGGCUACGAGGAGUGGCUUCUGACAGAGAUCCGAAGACUUGAGAGACUGGACCACCUGGCUGAAAAGUUCCGCCAGAAAUCCAGCACCCAUGAGACCUGGGCUAAUGGUAAAGAGCUGAUUCUAUCUCAGAAGGACUACGAGACUGCCACCCUGACGGAGGUGCGGGCGUUGCUACGGAAACACGAGUCAUUUGAGAGUGACCUGGCUGCUCAUCAGGACAGGGUGGAGCAGAUCGCUGCCAUCGCACAGGAGCUCAAUGAGCUGGACUAUUAUGAUGUGGCUGCUGUCAACCAGAGGUGCCAGAGAAUCUGUGACCUGUGGGAUCAACUUGGUACACUGACCCAGAAGAGGAGAGAGGCUCUGGAGAGGACAGAGAAGUUGCUGGAAACCAUUGAUCAGUUGUUCCUGGAGUUUGCCAAGAGAUCAGCACCCUUCAACAACUGGAUGGAAGGGGCCAUGGAGGAUCUGCAGGACAUGUUUUUUGUACACACUAUAGAUGAGGUCCAGAGCCUGAUCUCUUCCCAUGAGCAGUUCAAGGCCACCCUCCCAGAGGCAGACGGAGAGAGACAGGCCAUCCUGGGGAUCCACAUGGAGGUGCAGAAGAUCUCCCAGAGCUACGGCAUCAAGGCCAACCUCAUCAACCCCUAUAGCACCAUCACCACCGAGGAACUCCUCGCCAAGUGGGACAGGGUGAAGAAGCUGGUUCCCCAGAGAGAAGGCUCCCUCCAGGAAGAGUUAGCCCGGCAGCAUUCUAGCGAGAGGCUGAGACGGCAGUUUGCUGUCCAGGUUAACCUCAUCGGACCAUGGAUACAGACAAGGAUGGAGGAGAUUGGCCACUGCUCCCUGGAGGUGGGUGGUACCCUGGAGGACCAGAUGACCCAGCUGAAGCAGUUUGAGCACGUCAUCGUCACCUACAAGCCCAACAUCGACAAGCUGGAGGGAGACCACCAGCUCAUCCAGGAGUCUCUGGUGUUUGACAACAAGCACACCAACUACACUAUGGAGCACAUCCGUGUGGGCUGGGAGCUCCUCCUCACCACCAUCGCCCGCACCAUCAACGAGAUCGAGAACCAGAUCCUGACCCGUGAUGCCAAGGGCAUCAGUCAGGAACAGAUGCACGAGUUCCGCUCUUCCUUCAACCACUUUGAUCGGGAGAACACAGGCAAACUGCGUUGUGAGGAGUUCAAGGCCUGUCUGAUCAGCCUGGGUCAUGUGGGCAAUGACCAUCAGAAGAAACACGGGGCGAUGGACACUGAUGACUUUAGGGCCUGUCUGAUCUCCAUGGGUUAUGAUUUGGGUGAAGUGGAAUUUGCCCGCAUCAUGAUGCUGGUAGAUCCCAGUGCCACUGGCAUGGUGUCUUUCCAAUCCUUUAUCGAUUUUAUGACCAGAGAAACCACUGACACAGACACCGCCGACCAGGUCGUGGCAUCCUUCAGAAUCCUGGCAGCCAAUAAGCCCUACAUCCUGGUUGAGGAGCUGAGGAGGGAGCUCCCCCCUGACCAGGCAGAGUACUGCAUCUUGAGGAUGGCCCCCUACAGUGGUCCAGGGGGACCCGCGGGGGCUCUAGACUACACCGCCUUCUCCACUGCCCUCUACGGAGAGAGUGACCUCUAACCCUGCAAGAUGACCCCCAAGAUUGACCUUUUGAUGCCAGCCAACACUUCUGGAUGAAAUCCCCUUUAACCAAACACACUGUAAAAGCAAGGCAAAGUUAGCUAUGUUAGAUUCACAUUAGGUAGAUAUUGUACAUUUGCCUACUAUUGUGUGGCACAGUAGUUUCCCUCAUAUGAGUUCUGCGGUGAAGUGAAGAUAGCAGAUAACAAAAACUGUUCUUCUAAGAAAAAUGAUAUGAUUGUAUAAGCUACAAUAGUUUGAUUUAAUAGAACAGUUGACUACAGUAAUAGCAGCAGUUGGAUAUGUAGCUAGAACAGAAAAAUAGCAGCCUAAUAGUAAACAUUGUGUCCUCAUCUCCUGUUAGUGCCUCAUCAGGAACUAACAUACAGUAUGAGUUCUGAUUGGGAAUAAGACAGAGUGGUAUAUGAUGAUCCAAACAUCAGGAUUAUGAUUAUUUAAAUGUUGGGAUAUCCGCUUGCUGAUUUGUGAGAUUAGAUCUGGACUAUUUGAGCAAAAGCUUGAUUGAAAUGACAGUAAAGUAUGCCAUUUAAGUAUCAUAAUAGGUUCUAUGAUAGCACACUGAUAACUGUGUAAGGUUAUCAAGUGUGCCUCUCAUACUCCAUUCUAAAAAAAGUAAUGACCAACAUGUUGUUUAUGUCAACAAAAUGUACUUGUGAUAUAGUCAUAGCACAUGGUGCCUGCUCUAUGCUAACUUUUCUCGCAAGUUACCCAAUAUAAAUGAAGAACAGUUUGG